CGAAUCGCCCAAAGUCUCUCUCUCUCUCUCUCUCUCUCUUCAUUUUUGGGGAAAAAGGAAUAGUGGAAAUCGCUUUAAUUCUGUUCCAUUCCUUUUCUAAACCCUAAUUUAUUUUUAGUCCCAUUUCUAACCCUAAAUCUCGAGAAAAUCAGUUGCUAUUUAAUAUAUUUGUUUUUUUCCCUAAUUGGGGUUUUGUGGGCGAAUUUGAGACUCAUUGACGGGAGUUACCUAGUUGUUGUUAUCGCAUUAGCUUGGUUGUUUCAAGAAUUUUGAGCUGGAUUGACUAGCGAGUUGACUCAGUAUAAAAGAAAGGUAAAAAAAAAAGUUCUUUGAAGUUAUUUGGGGUUGAAUUUGGAGAAUGUGAUGAAGGGAAACGACGAAUUUGGUUGUUUAGAUAAUCCGAUUACGAGCGAGGGUAAGCCGCCGAAUCCUCGUACGCCAUCGUUUGGACUGCAGAGUGCUACUACUGAUGGCGUUUUGAAGCCUUGUAAGAAGUCCCUCGUUCGACACCCCUCUCUUCAGGUGAAGUCAAAGGCAUUGGAUAUUGCUAUUGGAAAUGGAUACGAGGUGGAAAACUGUGGUGCUGAAUUCACCCCUAUUAUCCGUUCCGGAGCAUGGGCUGACAUAGGGUUUAGAACGAGAAUGGAAGAUGUAUAUCUGCGAAUUGAUGAUUUCACGCAUGAUUACGGUCUCAAGAAAUGUGCUGAUGUGCCCAAUGCCUUUUAUGGGGUGUUUGAUGGACAUGGCGGGAAGCAUGCUGCUGACUUUGCUUGCUAUCAUUUGCCAAGGUUCAUUGUUGAGGAUCAAAACUUUCCUGAAGAGAUUGAGAGGAUUGUUGCUUCAGCUUUUCUGCAAACUGAUACAGCUUUUGCAGAAGCUUGUGCACUGGAUUCAGCCCUUGCUUCUGGUGCCACUGCUUUGACAGCUCUUGUUCUUGGGAGAAUGUUGGUUGUGGCAAAUGUUGGAGAUUGUCGAGCCGUUUUAUGUCGUCGUGGCAAAGCAAUUGAAAUGUCAAGAGAUCACAAACCCAAUUGCAAUAGAGAGAGAAAGCGCAUUGAGGCAUUAGGAGGUUCCGUCUAUGAUGGUUACCUCAACGGACAACUUAAUGUGGCUCGUGCAUUAGGGGAUUGGCACAUUGAAGGAAUGAAAGAUGCAAAUGGAGGACCACUAAGUGCAGAGCCCGAGCUUAUGACUGCAGAUCUGACAGAGGAAGAUGAAUUCCUUAUCAUAGGAUGUGAUGGGCUUUGGGAUGUUUUCCGUAGCCAAAAUGCAGUUGAUUUUGCUAGGCGGAGACUUCAAGAGCAUAAUGAUCCUGCCAUGUGCAGUAAGGAUCUGGUGGAUGAAGCUUUGAAAAGGAAAAGCGAGGAUAACUUGACUGUUGUGGUGGUUUGCUUUCAAUCCAAUCCGCCCCCAAACUUGGUUGCCCCCCGUGCGAGAGUGCGGAGGAGCUUUUCUGCAGAGGGAUUGAGAGAGUUGCAAAGCUUGUUGGAUGGUUUGGGAAACUAAGAUGGUGACAAAAUGCUUACUCUAUAUUUGUUCUUUUCUUUAGAUUGGAUUGUAGUUUUUAGGUAUUGAGAAGAGAGAAGUGAGUCUAAACUGUAACAUACACAGCGGCAAGUCGUUCUGCAUAAUGUAUUGUUUCUAAAGUAGGAUGUUUAGGUUGAUUUAUGUUCUCAUUUCAAAGGCAGUUUGAAUUUAUUCAUUCUAAAAUGCAGGUCUUUAGGUAGAAAGCACUGUUUUAUAUGGUUUUGCAUGUGACAGAUUGGACCCAUUUUUGUUCAGUUAUAAUAAUGCUUUUGAUUUCAUA